AUGGCACCGGCAACAGUCAGAAGGGCUCCGUAUAAGGACUUUCUGCAGCCUGCGCUGCACAGGCGAUUUUCCUCUACCGCUACUAUUCUGCUUGCCAUUUCUUAUUUGCAAGCCAUCCUUCUCUCGGGUUGGAGCUCCUACUUUUGGUCUUGGUUUCCCAUUGGUCCCGCGGGCUUUCGAACACUGUUCCUCUUCACCUGCGGUCUCUCGAUCUUGAUCCUGCGCAUCGCCCAGUACCACGUCGGCGCCCGCGCCUCCAACUCGACCUUCCACGCGUUCGCGCAGUUCUUCUUUAGCAUCCAUACCCUCGAGGCUUUUCUCUUCUACGGCUUCUCGAGCGCGCUUUUCAGUCAUGUUUACCUCUGGGCUCUGCCGGAGAGCGCCAACUUGGGAUGGGUCACAUACUAUAGUGGGGACCGCGCCCGCGUAAAUGAGAGAACGUUGAUCUUCUUCUGCUACAUGGCCGUCAGUGCCGCUGUUCAGUCGAUUUUCCACUUCUAUCAAGACCAGGACAAGCUCAUCAUCGAUGUCGCGCGGUCCGAGGGGGGCGAAGUCAAGGUUUCUGGGGACGCUUCGCUGAAUAAGGUCUUGGGCGAAGUUCCCGCGAUUCUCAUCCAGUCAGGCGUCAGAAGUAUCAGUAUCACCAUUGUCGCCGGCGUGGUAUACUUCAUGGCCCUGCGGUCGUUCUUUUGGGGCUGGGCUUUGUUCUUCUUGCGACCCUUCUACAACCUUCCCAAAACCAACAUGCUUCCGCCUCAGUGGCCUGGAGACAUCUAUUUGAUGUACCGAUGCGCCGUUGCAGGCUUCCUGAUCACUGCCAUCUGGAAGACAGCCAACCAUGCGUUUUCGAUGUUCAUGGUCAAGGCACCUCUCAAGAACGGCAAACCUCUCACGAGUGAGUCCAAGGAUCCAAACGGUAGUCUUCUGAACGGUCUUAAGAGCAAGAAGGACUCCGUUCGGUGCUUUGCCCUCUGGGAAUUAGCAUACAUUGCUCGCAACGAAGAAGGCAGACGCAAGGCCAUCUUCAUGGAUAUCGACCGUAAAGAUGGUUCUACGUGGUCUCAAAUAUUCGUUUACUGCCUUACUACCAUCAAGAACAUCGAACAAAGAAUCGAUGAGUACGGCAAGCCCGCGGUUGUGCCGGCUGCCCCAGCACCGGCUGCGGAAGUUCGAGCUCGGUCCUCAGCGCCACUGAAAGAGGACCCUAUCUUCACCAGCAAGCCCGCGAACAAGACGAUGCGCGGCGAGCUGGAAAAGGCCCUGACCCAGGUGGGAAGUCAUCCCGGCCAUUCGCCGGUGUCGCAGCUGAGCCCUAUCGCGAAGAAGACGCUGCGCGGGGCCCGUGACAAGGUUUUGAGCAAGGAGCAGCAGGAGGCGCUGUCGUCUCCUCAGCUGAUGAAUCAGUUCCAGACAUGGGCUCUGAAGGUUAUUGGCAAUGAGUACGUUGGCUGGAUUUUCCGCCAAGAGUUCCGCAACCGCCUCACUGCCGUUAUUCUUGGAACGCCGUACUCAGAGCUAAGCCAAUACGUCAACGCUGUUGAUGUGCUCAGCUGGUUGGCCGUUCACAGUCUCAAUGAUGACAACUACGGCAGGGUACAAAAGGACGUUCCUACCAUCAUCCGCACCUUUACAACCGUCAUCACCAAGAUCGAGGCAUUCAAGGACAGCUUUCCCGUUCACUGGACAGAUAUUGAGAAGGACAGAGCUGCGCCAGAGGUGGAAGCAGUGAUUGCAGCCUUGAAAACGGGCUUGGCCCAAGUGAUUGCGGAGUUUGAACGAUACAGCAGCGACUUGAGGUUGACUCGCACGGAUAUCAGACUGGCCAAGGAAGCGGCAGCCCAACAGGCACUUCCUACGAGUGAAGUCGGAUCCCAAGGUCCCGAGAUGCAGCAAGCCCGCUAG